CGGACCCGGCAGCUGGCGCCUCAGCCCCCGAGGCCGGCCCGCGGACCGCCGCUGUCCUGGGAGACACCGACCAGCGCCUGCUCGUCCCAGGCCUGAGCCUGCGGAGCGUCAGCGCCGCGCAGCUCCCUCAGCUCUCACACCGCCCACCCUCCCCGGGGGCUGGGGGUGGGGCGAAGGGGGUCUCCGCCCCGCACACGGAGGCCCCGGCGGCGGGACCCGCCCAGCCGAGGCGGAGCCUCGAGAACUGCAUUUCCCAGACUGCCCCGCGUUCCCGGACUCCACUUCCCAGCAGCGCCCGGGAGGUUCCCCCAGGACUGCAUUUCCCAAAGUGCCGAGGGCGGGCCCGUCGGUGCCCUCCCGGUCCCGCCCCCUCCACCUGGCCACGGCACGCGGCUGGAGACUCAAGCCCCUGCCGGAAGCCGCUCUCCGGGCUACGGGCAGGUGGAGCAGGGCGCAGCCCCCACAGGUGCAGCCAACAUGAGUGAGCCUGGGGGAUCAGUACGAAUCCUAGUGACAGGUGGAUCUGGGCUGGUGGGAAGAGCCAUCCAAGAGGUGGUAGCCGAUGGAGCUGGGCUGCCUGCAGAGGAUUGGGUGUUCGUCUCCUCCAAGGACGCUGAUCUCACGCCUCCAGGGGGCCUCUGAUGGCCUGGCUCCUCCCAGGGACGCUGCACAGACCCGAGCCCUGUUUGAAAAGGUCCGGCCCACACAUGUCAUCCACCUUGCUGCAAUGGUGGGGGGCCUGUUCCGGAAUAUCAAAUACAACCUGGACUUCUGGAGGAAAAACGUGCACAUCAACGACAACGUCCUGCACUCAGCCUUCGAGGUGGGCGUGCGUAAGGUGGUCUCCUGCUUGUCUACCUGCAUCUUCCCGGACAAGACCACCUAUCCUAUCGAUGAGACUAUGAUCCACAACGGGCCUCCGCACAGCAGCAAUUUUGGCUACUCCUACGCCAAGAGGAUGAUCGACGUGCAGAACAGGGCCUACUUCCAGCAGCAUGGCUGCACUUUCACCGCUGUCAUCCCCACUAACGUCUUCGGGCCCCAUGACAACUUCAACAUUGAAGAUGGCCACGUGCUGCCCGGCCUCAUCCACAAGGUGCACCUGGCCAAGAGCAGCGGCUCCGCCCUGACAGUGUGGGGCACUGGAAAGCCACGGAGGCAGUUCAUCUACUCACUGGACCUGGCCCGGCUCUUUAUCUGGGUCCUGCGGGAGUACAAUGAGGUGGAGCCCAUCAUCCUAUCAGUGGGUGAGGAGGAUGAGGUCUCUAUCCAGGAGGCAGCUGAAGCCGUGGUGGAGGCCAUGGACUUCCAUGGGGAGGUCACUUUUGAUACAACCAAGUCAGAUGGGCAGUUUAAGAAGACGGCCAGUAACGGCAAGCUUCGGACCUACCUGCCCGACUUCCAGUUUACACCCUUCAAGCAGGUGGAGAUCACUGCAGCCCCAGCCCUCACCUGCCACCACUUGUCACCUGCCCACCUCUGCAGCUGUGAAGGAGACCUGUGCCUGGUUCACCCACAACUACGAACAGGCCCGGAAGUGAAGCACAGUGUGGGAGCAGGUGCCGGCUGCCCCCGAGCCCCCAGAGGCAGCACCCUCAGACCCUGCAGGGGUGGAGGGCACUGUCCAGCAAUCUGGGCCCACGUUCCACCCCUCCAGCAGGGCAGCUCUGCACAGCUGUGCAGUGGGGCCACCAUUCAUGUCUGUCCUCAGGGAAACCAAGGCCUGGCCAGGCCUAGCACCUUGCUCCCCGACACGAGUCCCAGGGUCCUGAGUGUGUCCCCUUCUGAUCCUGGUCUCCCACUCCCUGGGAGCUAAUAAAGUCCAUUUUCCCAGGCCUGG